AGAGAAAUCGCAAGAAGCAUUUGUCCUUUUCACCUACGAACAGGACAAAAUUAAGGCAGAAAUGAUGCACAGUUAGCGCCCGGUUCAACAACUCAGAACCAGAAAAAUAAACUAAAUAAUAAUGAUUUGUAAAACCAAUUAAAAAAAAAAGGUGGAUUGUAUGGCGGUGGCAACGCUGCCCUUUAAGUUCAAGUUGACGUGUCAACUCUGGAGCUCUCCUGAACAUUACAACCACUGCCAUAAAUACUGAAAAAAAAUUAAAGAAAAUCCUUAACAUCAACCGCGUUUCUCACAAAUUCUCAGGAAAAAAAAAAAAAAAAAACGCCUUCUUUCUCGCUUGUUGGCUAGCCCUGCGUCCCUUGCUUCUCCAAUUUCUGUUUGCCCCUUGAUCUGGGUUCCGAUUGCUCUGUAGGUCCGUCCUUUGAUCUGCAUUUGGUUAUUUGUAUUGUUUGUGGAAUUCGCCAGAUUUUGAAGCCCCGAAAAAAAAAAAAAAUAUGGAAGAAGAAUGAAAUUUUAGAUCUUGAAAGCUUUUCUGCAAACAUGAGUUUCGUGUUCAGAGGUUCAAGAGGAGAUAUAGAAAGUGGGUUUCCAGGCUUUAUUCCUGAACGGCCUACAGUGCGUAUUCAUGCUGCCCGGCCAGUUAAUUCCAAUUCACUGGCUUUUCUUGUCACGGCAGUUCUUUUGCUGUUCAUGAUUUUGAACUCUCACCAGAUAUCACCAAACUUCCUGCUUUGGCUGGUUGUGGGUGUGUUUUUGAUGGCCACAAGCCUGAGAAUGUAUGCUACUUGUCAACAACUUCAAGCUCAGGCCCGAGCUCAUGCUGCUACUGCUAGUGGCUUGCUUGGUCACACUGAAUUGCGUUUGCAUGUGCCACCAUCCAUAUCUUUUGCAACAAGAGGACGACUACAAGGACUCAGGCUCCAGCUUGCUCUUCUUGACCGUGAAUUUGAUGACCUAGACUAUGAAACCCUUAGAGCUCUGGACUCUGAUAAUGUUUCAACAACUCCUUCAAUGAGUGAGGAAGAGAUAAAUGCCUUACCUGUCCACAAGUAUAAGGUCCCUGGCUCAGAGAAUCCUAGCACAUCACUGCAGCAGGCAUCUUCUUCUUCACCUUCAGCAGAGAUGAAGCAAGACUCUAGGAAGGCUGAUGGGAGCAUGAAGGCUUCAGAAGAUGAAUUAACAUGCUCUAUUUGCUUGGAACAAGUUAACAGAGGGGAACUUGUUCGGAGCUUGCCAUGUUUGCAUCAGUUUCAUACUAAUUGCAUUGAUCCAUGGUUGCGGCAACAAGGCACAUGUCCUGUAUGUAAAUUUCAGGUGGGUUCAGGAUGGCAGGGAAGCAGAGAGAGCGAAUCAGAUGGUCCAGACUAAUGACUACUCCAAGUAAUGUAAACUGUACAGAUGAUAUUAGAGUAUAUCCAUCAUUUUGUAGUUUGCAUUAAAAUAAAUCCUAUUUCUGGUUAGUCAUGUAAAUAACUUAAACCUUUUGCUUAAUCAGAGAGAAUGAAGUUCUUUUUUUCUUCCUAAAAAAAUCCAUGUCCUGUGAUGUCACUUGAUAAAAUUAGUGUGAAGGUGUCACCAUUGACUUGCACA